UCUUGUUCUGCUUCUUCUUCACUUAUAUUAAUCUAUCAUCUUAUUUUUCCAUUUCUGUAUUCUUCCUCUAAUUCUUGUUUGAAUCGGUUUCAAAUCCUUCUUAAAAGUUUUGUUGGUGUAUCAACUAUAAAAGGUAAGUGAAACGCGUGAUUUUCCUUGUAAAACCUAUAUUCCGGAAACUUUUAUCCUUUAAUCAAAUUCUCGAGUGCGUGUGACAGCUUUUUAUUUUUUUCUGAUUUAUGCGUUUUUGCUAUGUAAUGACUUUCUUCUGUUAAUUUUAUUUCUCUGAAGAAAACUAAAACAGAAAAACAAGUUAUAUUGUUUGGUGAUUUAAAAUGGCAUCGAAGACCAUAAAGUUUCGUCAAUUGAAUGCAGAGGUAAUUAAUCUUCAAGCCGGUUUUAUUCAAUUAAUGAAUGGUGUGGACACUUGGCACGAUUUGGGAACAUUCUAGUGUUGGGGAAAUCAUCCAACAGUUAAAGCAUGUGGUCUAUUGCCUUUAAUGGUGGUUGCCUACAUGUCAAGUUCUUGGCCAAGUGAUUGGUGAACUUAAAUUGUAACACUCUCUUUUCUUUGGUAAAGAACAACUGUGCCGUUUUUCUUUUGUUUGAGGGGGUAUGAGUGGUGUCAAAGAUGAGUGUUUUUUUAUCUAGUUCUGUUACCUACUAAUCUAUAUAUUCAUAUUAAUGUAUUUAUAUUCAAAAUUUAAAUUGAUAUUAAUUUCAAUAAAGUUUACUUUAUGAUCAAUUAUAUUGGAUAUAUGCACGUAUCAGUACACAAAAUCGCUUUAAUUAAAUUUUUCCUUUUCUAUAUGAAGCAUCAAGCUUGUCACAAAUUUUACUUUUGAGUUCAUAUCUUAAAUAAAUAUGCUACCACUUUGAAUUUCUGUUUUAUACACAUAUGGACGUUAGAAGCACGAAAAAUUGUGAGGACAUUAUAGAGCUACGAAGGAAGCCAUGGGACAGCAAUUUUAUGAAUUGUUUCUAAUGUGCAUCUCCAAAAAUCUCAAGAGUAUUCAAGGAAGAUGAAUUUGUUUGUGUUGAAACUAGGCUUAUAUCCUAGUGGGGAGGUUUUAAAUGUCAACGCUACGGCCUGCAGUUAUGAGACGAGAUGCAAAGCCUGAUUCUGUUAGAAAAUCUGUCCCUCAAUAUCACCGGUGGUUCUCUCUAAUCCUUGAAUUUCUGCAUAAACCAUAAAGCAUUGCCUCCAAGAGUUGACAAUUCUUUGAGUCAACGUGCAGUCCUGCUUGAGAUUUGUAGGAUUGCUUCAUCAAUGCCGUUAAAGUGGUUCUGUAUUGGGUUUCCGCUUUACAUUUUUAUCAGAAAUGAGCUGGGCUUUCUUCAAUAAGUGCCAUUCUGGAUUCGAUCGAAUUAGUAUAAAUUAAUCAUUAAAAAGCACAAUUGAAUACGUAAUAGCUUCAGUCUUUUCUUUAUGACCGUGAAAAAAAGGGGGGGUGUUUGUGUCUUAAUCACAGCAUUUGGGUGAUGAGGAACAUAGUUUCAUUGCGCAAUAAAAUCUGCUAAUAGCAUAUCUCAAGCAAAUUGUAUAGUAACUGCCGAAGUGAUUUUCACGGUUCCAUUCUUGUUAUUUUGUCUGUUUUGCAGAUCAUGGACAUCUUUCUUCUUAUCCAAUAGUUCAAGUCAAUGGUUACUUUCUGAAUUGAUCAGUAUAUAUAUUGAAAUGAAGCAGAUUGGUUGAGGGUUUUCAGUUGUCUAGAUAAGCAAACAUCACGGAAAUAGUCAUUUACCAUAUUGAUAGAAGUAUUUUAGCAGAUUCUUGCCACUGAGAUUUGACUUCUUGUUUCAGCUUUGAGGGAAAUAAAAAGAUCACCUUUUCAUCUAGAUGUAGACUUCAUGUGAUUCUUCUAGAUGAUCUUUACUCAACUUGAACCUAGAAUUUUCGUGCUUCUUGUUUCCUUGCAAUCCACCCAUCUCGUGUUUGCUUACCCCCAAUGACACCUUAAAUUGUAAUCCUUGUAUCUCCAACUAAUUUUAAAAUUUCAUCAUCAAAAGUUGUGAUAGUGUGGGCGAGAUUGCAUUUGUCAGUUUCAUAGGUGGAUGAGGGUUGGGCUGCCAUCUAAGACCAUGAAUCACAAUAUUUUCAUAUCUACCAAACAAAGUGAGGCUACCAAAAGAGUCACACAGUCAUAUUAUGCUACCGUCUCUCCAAUAUGCAAUUUUUCGACUGUGGAAUCAGAAGGCAGAUGUUUAUUGGCUAGUGAAUGUUCAUCUUCACGUCCAUCUCCUUUCAUACGAACAGAAUCUCUAAGUUCUACUUGUACACAAGCAUUCACUGUCCAACCUCAAAAGUAUCGUUCAGAAUCUGGACAAAAUAGUCCUUCUCCUGGUUCUCAUGACCAAAAUUCUAAAAGCACAUUUUCACGUUCAUCCUUAUUCUGUAGCAGUUUAUACCAGUCUUCUUCAUCAAGCUCUGAAACCCAUCGGCAGCUUGGAAAACUACCUUUUCUUCCAAAUCCUCUAUCCUGCAACCAGUCCGUUGUUUCUGCAGCUAAUUCAACAAAAACUCCAUUGCUUUUCAGUAAGGAUAUGGAUGAUCAAUAUGAUGAGGAGCAUUCAGAGGCUUUUAUGACAAACUUCCUUAAUUUGCCUGGAGAUGCUUCUGACGGUAGCCUUCAUGGUGUAAAUUGUGCAAAUGACAGUCUAGCACUUACUGAGCAAAUGGAACUACAUUUUUUGCCUGAUGAGCUUCACAUGGCUAUCACUGACCAUGGAGAAAGUCCCAGGCUUGAUGAAAUUUAUGAGACACAGCCAGCUUCAUCAAAAAAUUCAAAACCAGCUAUAGCAUUGACAUGCAAUCAGGGUUGUCUCUCUGAGUUGCCAACUCUUGAUGAAGAAUCAAGUCUGCCAUCUCCUGGUUCAGCCACUCUGCACAAGCCAAGAAUGAGAUGGACACCUGAGCUCCAUGAAUGCUUUGUGGAGGCUGUCAACAAAAUUGAUGGGGCUGAAAAGGCUACUCCAAAGGGUGUGUUGAAGCUUAUGAAUGUCAAAGGCCUGACCAUCUAUCAUGUGAAAAGCCACUUACAGAAAUACCGUCUUGCGAAGUAUAUGCCAGAGAAAAAUGAAGAGAAGGCUUCUGCCUCUGAAGAAAAGAAAGCAGCUUCAACUAGCAAUGAAAGUGAUGGACGUAGAAAAGGGAGCAUUCAAAUCACAGAGGCUCUGCGCAUGCAAGUGGAGGUUCAGAAGCAGCUGCAUGAACAACUUGAGGUCCAACGGGACCUUCAGUUACGCAUGGAGGAACACGCAAGGUACUUGCAAAAGAUCUUGGAGGUACAACAGAAAGCUGGCAUUGCCUUGAUUUCUCCUCAAACCAUGUCUUCACUGACUAACCCAUGCCAAGAUUCUAAACUGUGUCCUUCUGCGUCCGUUGGUUCGUCACCCCCACUUCCUGCCAAAUCCAAAAUUGGUUCAAUUUCACCUCUAUCAUCCAAGUAUAAAUCUACUGAAAGUGGUGAUUCAAAGUCACAACCAUGCUCAAAAAGGCUUCGUCUGGAAGAGAAACAAGAGUCAGGUUCGGAUAAGGCCACAGUUAGACUUGGAGAUGCUGUGCCAUGAUGUCUUAUCUCUAGUACAUCAUCCCCAAAAUGACCCAGCUCCUGUAAAUCCGAGAAUUGCAUGUAACCUUUUAAUUGAAGUAAUAUUUGUUUGAUAUGUAUUGCUUGACAUUUUUAGUACUUCAAAAGGAAAAGAAAUUCAGUCGCGUUGGUUAACUUUGAAAUCGUAUGUUGUGUUUACAGUUCCUACUUUGUGAUUCAGUAUUAGUACACACUGUAAUCUUCAGCUGAACUCUGGUUCACUUAUGAAUUUCUGCAAUGAAUAGAAGAAAAAGUUUUCAA